UAAACACCUCUCUAUUUACUGAUUCUUGCUUGAUUUUCAUUUUCUCAGACCUUAAGGUCUAAUAAUUAUGUGUACUUAUGGUGUAAAUACGUAUUGGUGUCAUUCAGUAAUUUGACCUAUGAAGAGUUUAAUAUCAUCGAAACAUUUUGUUUAUUUACAUAAUCAAUUUUAUUACGAUAUUGUUCAUAUUAAAUACGUUUGACAGUGACAAAAAUGUGUUCAAUUCACACUGUAUAGAUUAAGUUACUUUGUUUAAACAUUUUCUUUAACGUGUUAACCUAUCGUUAUAUAUUUGCUCUCUAAUCGUCUAGAUUAUUAGACAUAAAAAAUAUAUUUUUACAAAGUAAAAAAUAACUUUCAAAUAAAUUUUAUAUGUAUCUUUAAUCCAAUGACUUAAAUCGAUACAUAAUGCAUUUUAAAAAUCAAAAGAAUGAGACAAAUGAUUGAUACUAUUUUAUUAAAUAAUAAUAUUUAUUUUAUGCACAAAAAUUUUAAUAUACAAUUGAUAUAAAAUUAAUAUAUACAUUUAAAUGUAUAUAUAUGCAAUUAAAAAUGAUCAAUGAAUGAUUUGGAGAUGAUUUUGAUUAAAAUUUGUAUGACUAUUGUUGAUCAUAUUGUUUAUUAAUACCAUUGAUGAUCGUAAGUCUGAAGAUUUUAUUAAAAUUUUAUCAUUGGAGGAGAUAUUGUUGUAUUAAAUGAAGUGCAAUGUUUGUGAAAUGGAUAACUGUCAUAGUAGCAACGAUUUUUUGUACCACAUCUCGUGGCCAAAUGAGCGACAAUACACCACCUGUUAUGAGACUCGAUCGAAAUUGGAUUCUGUCUGAUUCUGAAUCAGUUGGAACCAUUGUUACCCGAGUUCAUGCACGAGAUAAUGAACAGAGUAAAUUAAUUUAUGGCCUUGAGCCCAUUGAUCAUAGUUAUGGUGUUGAUACUUCAUCUCAAUUUCCACUACCAUUUUCUAUAAAUAAUGAAACUGGUGUUGUUUACAUCAAUGAAACGUUGAAAGGAAGAGGUGGUCAAAAUUUAUAUCUAUACGUCACUGUUUCUGAUGGUCAAUUAACAGCAAAAACUGAAGUAUUUGUAAAUAUUAAAAAUGGUUCGGCGAUUAAUUCUGAGAAUGCUGGCCCAUCAUUAUCUCAUCAACAUGGCUCUGACGGUCGUGUUCAUCCACCUUUUUUGGUUCUCGCUAAUUCACCAUACACUCGACAACCACCAUCGCAAAUUUCAACAACAAAUUUAACCAGUGGAAAAAAAAUUACUACUCUACUUUUUCCAGAAAAAAAUGAUACUAAUGAAAAUGCAACUAUCAAGUUGUCUACAACUUCAAUAUCAUCAAUUGAUAGGAAGUCAAAUAAUUUUAAUGAACCAGUUUUAGUUAAUGAAGUAAAACCCAAUAUAGGAAAAAAUGAAAAUACGGAGACAACAAUAGGGACAACAUCUUAUCAAGAAAUUACAAUGAAAAUUAUACCAAUAGCGGCAAUUUGUGCAUUAUUUUUGGGAUUAGGAAUGGGUAUUUGGUCUGUGAGGGCAAGAUUCUGUAAUAAUCAUCGAAAAUCACAAGAUAUAUCGAAAGAGCAAAGUGUAGUUGGAUUAUCGACUAUGUCAAAUGGACCAUCAUUAAUUCUUAAAAAUUGGGAUAAAUCAAAAUCUUCUAAUAAUAAAUAUCAAGAAUGGAGCAAAGAAUCUAAAAUACAUGGUAAUCAAAGUACAAAACAAAUCAACGAUAAAUGGGAAUUCCCACGACACAGACUCAAGGUAUUUAACAUAUUAGGAGAAGGUUGUUUUGGACAAGUUUGGAAAUGUGAAGCUCUUGAUAUUGAUGGCAAACAAGGGCCAACUGUUGUAGCAGUGAAGACUUUAAAAAAGAAUGCUACAGAACGAGAAAGAUUGGAUCUUGCUCAAGAGCUCAACGUUAUGAAAACUUUAGAGCCACAUCCUAACGUUGUGAGAUUACUUGGCUGUUGUACUGAACAAGAACCAUUAUUUGUUAUUUUGGAGUAUGUUUGUGGCGGAAAACUUCAAAGUUUUUUGAGAACUUCACGUGAAGAAAGAAAUCGAGGUGGUCCUGGUUUAACAUCUAGUGAUUUAACCGGUUUCGUCUAUCAGGUGGCAAAAGGAAUGGAAUUUCUAGCAUCAAAAGGAAUAAUACAUAGAGAUUUAGCAGCUCGAAAUAUUCUUAUAGAUAAUAAUAGAGUAUGCAAAGUAGCAGAUUUUGGAUUUGCAAGAGAUAUUGCUGCUAACAAAAUUUAUGAAAGAAAAUCAGAAGGGCGUUUACCUAUUAGAUGGAUGGCACCGGAGAGUUUAUAUGAUAAUAUAUUUUCUGUUAAAUCUGACAUAUGGAGUUUUGGAGUGUUAAUUUGGGAAAUAGUGACACUUGGAUCAACGCCAUAUCCGGGUAUGGCUGCGGCUGAUGUGAUGCGAAAAAUAAAAGAUGGUUAUCGGUUGGAAAGACCAGAACAUUGUAAACGAGAACUGUAUAAUAUUAUGUACUAUUGUUGGGAUAAGGAUCCUAAUUGCCGACCAACAUUUUCUGAACUUGUGAUAAUGGCAGAGGGACUUUUACUCGAUGAAACAGAUUAUAUUGAAUUAGAUAGAUUUCCAGAUCAUUCUUAUUAUAACGUACUUAACUUAAGUGGUGAAAAACUUUGAUAGUAAUCUGAUUUAUAUUUUUCUAAAUACUACUGUCAAUACUCUUUCAAUCCGUCCAGUUUUUUAAAUAUUUAAUAUUAUACAU